CCUCCCUAUUUCCGAUUGGGUUGCUAUAUUUAGGAAACCACCCUGCGCUUUAUAAAGAGAUCGCAGUGGUUUCUGGUUAAGGUUGUGUAGUUGAGAGUCAGGAGCGGCUGUCGGGAACAAGCCUGUUUAGUCUCAUUCAGAGUAUUUAGGCUGAGAGAAGCGGACACAGCUGGUACUUUUGUCUUUUGGAGGCUACAUGUGAGCGAGAGGCAAUAGGGAAAAGGCAGACAUGGCAGACAUACGUAAGAAACUUGUCGUGGUGGGGGACGGCGCAUGUGGGAAAACAUGUCUACUCAUUUUAUUCAGCAAAGACGAGUUUCCCGAGGUCUAUGUCCCGACUGUGUUUGAGACAUAUGUUGCGGACAUAGAAGUGGACAACAAGCAGGUCCAGCUGGCUUUGUGGGACACAGCUGGACAAGAGGACUACGACCGGCUGCGCCCCUUGUCCUAUCCGGACACCGAUGUCAUUCUGAUGUGCUUCUCCGUGGACAGCCCGGACUCGUUGGAAAACAUCCCUGAAAAGUGGGUCCCUGAAGUCAAACACUUUUGUCCGAAUGUACCCAUUAUAUUAGUGGCCAACAAGAAAGAUUUACGCAACGACGAGAACGUAAAGAACGAGCUGUCCCGACUGAAGCUGGAGCCAGUGAAAGCAGAGGAUGGCCGGGCGAUGGCCAUGCGCAUUGGCGCAUAUGACUAUUUGGAGUGCUCUGCCAAAACCAAGGAGGGCAUCUGGGAAGUGUUUGAGACUGCAACACGGGCAGCCUUACAAAAACGAAAAACGCCAUCAGGUAGUUGUCUCAAAUGCUGUGUUUUGAUGUGAAUCGACGCUGUCUAGAGAACUGUAACGCACAGCCAAGACGUUUCCACCGCCGGGAUUUGUCUGAACAUGUAAGGGCAGUGACCAUGGUUUUGAUACUCCCUCCUCGUAUUCGACCUUGGUUGAACCAAAACGAAUGACUAAGAAGUUCUUUUGAACACGCAGACGAUAACCAUCUGAUAUCGGGGUGUGUGGAAAUGCACUGGUUACAGCAUGUUCUUGGGUCACAUGAUCCCAGUCUGAUUGGUGGAGGGGUAAAAAGGACAAACCACUACAUUUCAGUGGAGGCCUUAUUCACCCCCUCUAAUGUGGCCAAGGCCUCUCCAAAGGCCUGCUUUCGAGACAACAUUUCAAUUGCUCACUUAUUGUGUUUCAAAGUGUUUGCAUAGGCCACUUGCCUUUCUGCCAAGGUUAUACUUUGUAAUAAGCAAAGCAGUACACUUGCACUCGUUAUUUAUGUCCACCUUGUAUUGUAAACAACUGUAUUAAGUUUGGGAAAUUGCACAGCAUCUGGACACUGCAGUAAUUCACAGAAAGUUUUUUUUUUUAUAUAUAAAAGUACGAGUCAGUGAAAGGAUGCCCAUGGGGUUCUGUAUAGUUUCUUCUGAUGUUUUACAUGUUUUGUUUUUUUUAAAUAAAUACAUCGCUUAAGUUUACAGUUAAUGGCAGGUUAUGUCUCAAGUUUGUCAGCUGGAACCCCAUCCAAAAAGUAUGUUUUUGACUCCACAGUAUUAACUUCCUAGUUUAAUAUUUGUUUUGCAAGUUUUCAGAUAGAUAAUCUGUUGCAGUUCAGUGCACAAACAGUAUGUGUCACCAGAAAUAUCCUUUUAAAGUUUGCUAAGCAUGCUUCUAUCCCACAUUUUAUGCUUGUUGGUGGCUAUACAGUGACUAGUUUUGGGAGGACAAUGAUGAAGUAGCUGCUUUUUGAACAUGGCUUAUGAAACAAUGGUUUUAUUGAAGCACAUACUGUACACUAUGUUUCUGAACACUGCACUCAUGGUCUAGCUAUUUCAGAGGCUGACACAUUUCAGCUGUGUCAAAGACUUGGAAGACCUGCUUGACAUUUUCUAUUUAGGUACAGCGUAAUUUACAGUUAUGUGGGUGAUAUUUCCAGAGAAGAUUGAACACUGGCGUGUGAGUGCUUUGCUCAAUGAAACAAGUUGUUUUAGAAAGAGUUGUGAAAAGAAAGGUGGGCUAUGUCACAGCUCUAUGAGCCACUAGCACACACUCAUAUGGGAUUAAGCCAUCUGAUGGCAAUUGACAACUUUGAUGGAAAUGUAUCAUGAUAUGUUAUUAUAACCACAAACUUAUAAUAAUUACACAAACUUUAGCAAAAGGGUAUCCCUUUGACUGAGACAAUAGACAAAAACUAAUGUGAAGUAUUAAUGUUUUUUGAAGCUGUAAAAUGUUUGUUUACAGCAGUAAAACUGAAUUAUGAUUGGUUGAUAAAUACAUGAAUACUAAUUUUCAAAUGCAUUGUCUUUCAUUAUGACUGUGAAUGUACCUCAAAUUUAUUGGGUAUAAAAUAUUUUUGGGGCUUGAAAGUUUGUGACAGAAAUCAGUGUUUCUGAGUAAAUUUUCCAUACUUGUGGAAUAAAUUCAGCUCAUGUUUGA